AAUGCAUUCAUCCAGUCCAUCAUACUUCUUACACAUUCUUCCGGGCCGCCUGACAAUUCUCGCUCACAAGUUGAACAAACCCCUCCCAAACUACUAACGUCCUUCUCUCUAACGGUAACAAUGUCUAAUACACCAUCUUACCAGCAGUUGCCCAAUGAGCCAAUCUUUGUUCAACUUCUCGGAAUUGCUCAAAAGGUACAGCACACCAUCGUCUACGAUGCCAACAAAAAUGUCGACACAGGUUACGCUCAGUUGCUGGCGGAUCUGCUCCAAACACGUCGCCGCCUCCAAGAGUCUUUGGCAGACACUUUGCUAGAUUCCACUUUGAUGAUCAAGGAUACAGCUCCUUAUAUGUUUCUGUUGCCAGACGGAACUUACGACUUUCUCGUUGGUGCCUAUUCGAUCCUUUCUGUUGGCGGAGCCUUCAUUCCAUUGUCAUCUUCAACGCUUCCAGACGAAGCUCUUUGGCUUUUCCGAAAAUGCCAGUCGUUUACCAUUGUCGCCAGCCGCAUUAAUCUCCCCAAGCUGGAUAGUCUUCGACAACACGCUCUUUCCAACGGCCACGACCUGACGAUUAUCAUAAUUCAGGACUUUACACCACCUCUGCCCGAAAUUUCUGCACCUUCCAUUGCAAUCAGCCCAACACUGCAAGUGCCAGCACAGUCCCCCGGUAUGCUACUCUUUACCUCUGGUACAAGUGGCCCACCCAAAGGCGUGGUGCAUAAGCGGACAUUCUUUUACCAAAUUCACGCCCGCAGUGAGCCUAGCGACGUCAUCCUACACUCUCAGCACUACAUGUGGAUAGGAGGAAUCCGUUCACUGUUUAGAAGCUCUCUGUCUGGCGCACGGCUCGAGGUGACUCGCAAUGAUCCUGAAGUACUGUGGGAGCGCGUUCGCCAAGGCGAUGUGACGCAUGUAGGUGGCAAUCCGCCCCUAUGGCAGAAGAUGAUGGUAUAUUACAAACAGAACCUUGAGAAUCUAUCGUCCAAUGAAAUCAAGCCGUAUCUCACAGGGGUGCGAAAGCUGCGAUUAGCCCAUGUUGCAGGCGCCAUGGCCCACCGCUCCCUACUCCAGUUUUGGCGAGACCUGGGUCGGCCAUUGACUGUCUUUUAUGGAAUCACAGAAACUGCUGGAAGGCUAACAUUUGGUUUGGCCGAUGACCGCAUGUUAGAGGGUAGCAUCGGGCGGCCGCUACCCAAUGUUAUACUACGACUAUCAAAAGGAGAUCAUGGAGAGAUUGAAGCGAAACUCGACGACAUGUUUGCCGGGUAUAUCGGCGACGAGGCUGCUACAGCGGCAGCCAUGACGGACGAUGGCUUCUACCGCACUGGUGAUGCAGCUCGCUGUAUUGAUGGAGAGUAUGUCUUGGAAGGCCGUGAGUCCUCAGACUUCAUGAAAUUCAGGGGGCACAAGAUUUCCAUUCUCGAGAUUGAAAUGAGCCUCCUAGAGCUCCCGUUUGUUCUCGAGGGAUGCAUCGUGGCUGCUCCCUAUCCCAACUACGGCUCCGUGGUAGCCGCUGUCGUGCGAGUAGCCCCCUCAACCGGCGGUGACGAAAGCAAAACUUCAAUCAAGCUCUCGUUGGGAGAGCUCCGAGACAGUCUAGCCGCCACUUUACCCACUUACAUGCUCCCCAUGGCAUUGCGCGUGCUACAGGACGGCGAGGAGCUGCCCCGGACAAUGUCGGACAAAGUGAUCAAACGAGACGUUGUCGCACGGUACUUUAAAGUGGCGGAGACGCUGAAAUUCGCCGACAAGGAUGUUGAGCUCUGGACCUUUGACGACCAUGAGCGUGUGGGAUCAGCGAAAGCUUGGGAUUGGGCCGCGCUGUAGGGAAUCAGUGGGAGUGUGUUUUUACGGAUGUAUACAGCUGCAGUUCUUUCUUACGCA